CCUCCCUGGGCCCGCCCUCGGCUCCAUCUUGCCGGAAACCUAGUUGGGCUGUGACGCUGCUCCCCGGGGUCAGAAUGUCAUACCCAGGCUAUCCCCCUACAGGCUACCCACCUUUCCCUGGAUAUCCUCCUGCGGGUCAGGAGUCAUCUUUUCCCACUCCGGGUCAGUAUCCUUAUCCUAGUGGCUUUCCUCCAAUGGGAGGAGGGGCCUACCCACCAGCGCCAAGUGGUGGCUACCCAGGAGCUGGAGGCUACCCUGCCCCUGGAGGUUAUCCAGCCCCUGGAGGCUAUCCUGGUGCUCCACAGCCAGGGGGAGCUCCAUCCUAUCCUGGAGGGUUUGGAGCCCCACCAGAUGGAGCAGGCUUUUCUGGCUAUCCACAGCCACCCGCACAGUCGUAUGGUGGUGGCCCAGCACAGGUCCCACUACCUGGUGGCUUUCCUGGAGGACAGAUACCUUCUCAGUAUCCUGGAGGACAACCUCUUUACCCUAGUCAGCCUGCUGCAAUGACUCAGGGAACUCAAGGAACAAUCCGACCGGCUGCCAACUUCGAUGCCAUGAGAGAUGCAGAAGUUCUUCGUAAAGCAAUGAAGGGUUUUGGGACAGACGAGCAGGCAAUUGUGGACGUUGUAGCCAACCGUUCCAAUGAUCAAAGGCAAAAAAUUAAAGCAGCUUUUAAGACCAUGUAUGGCAAGGAUUUAAUCAAAGAUCUCAAAUCAGAGUUAAGUGGAAACAUGGAAGAACUGAUCCUUGCCCUGUUCAUGCCAACUACGUAUUAUGAUGCCUGGAGUUUACGGAAUGCAAUGAAGGGAGCAGGAACUCAGGAACGUGUAUUGAUUGAAAUUUUGUGCACAAGAACCAAUCAGGAAAUCCGAGAAAUUGUCAGAUGUUAUCAAUCAGAAUUUGGACGAGACCUUGAAAAGGACAUUAGGUCAGAUACAUCGGGGCAUUUUGAACGUUUACUUGUAUCCAUGUGUCAGGGAAAUCGUGACGAGAACCAGAAUGUGAACCACCAGAUGGCUCAGGAAGAUGCUCAGCGUCUCUAUCAAGCUGGUGAGGGGAGACUAGGGACAGAUGAGUCUUGCUUUAACAUGAUUCUUGCCACAAGAAGCUUUCCUCAGCUGAAAGCUACCAUGGAGGCUUAUUCCAGGAUGGCAAAUCGAGAUUUGUUAAGCAGUGUUGGCCGUGAGUUUUCCGGAAAUGUUGAAAGUGGUUUGAAGACCAUCUUGCAGUGUGCCCUUAACCGCCCUGCCUUCUUUGCUGAGAGGCUCUACUGCUCUAUGAAAGGUGCCGGCACAGAUGACUCCACCCUGGUCAGGAUUGUGGUCACUCGAAGUGAGAUUGAUCUUGUACAAAUAAAACAGAUGUUCAAUCAGAUGUAUCAGAAGACCCUGGGCACAAUGAUUGCAGGUGACACGAGUGGAGAUUACCGAAGGCUUCUUCUGGCCAUUGUGGGCCAGUAGGGGGAAUUUUUUAAAUGAAUGAAGCUAUUCAAAGCUUAUCCUUCAAAACAAUGACUGACCUGCAUGCAGCAAUAUCAACCAUCACCUAAUCAAAAGAGCUUUUUACUAAGGACUGUGUCAGGGUAUUGUGCUUGGUCUGCACAUGUGGUUAUUGCCUUAAUUCCAACGUUAUUUUUUCUCUAUACAGUCAAUGUAAAGCCAUAUCAUAAUGAUAUAACAAUCAUGCAAUGUUUGUAAAGCAUAAUUCUCACUGCUCUUAGUUUAAUCAGGAUACCAAAUUGAAUAAAAAUCACAACCAUCUCUAAUUCUGUGUAAUAAUAUCGAAUUUAAAAAAGAUUGCUGAAAACUCUGCCUUCCAAAGGCCUGCUAGGUCCAUUGGACAGUUAUAGUUGGUAGUAUGUCAAAACUGUAUUCAGCUCUUUUGACCUAGAAGAGUAAUGUGCAUCUUAUUUUACAUAAAUUGGUAUUUUAUAUACAUAAACACAACUUUCUACAUUUUUCACAUAGUAUUGCUUGUAGCAACUUUUUAAAAAGGGAUCAGAUGUUUAUAUGCAUAAAAUACAUAGCCUACUUUUAUGUCUACUAAAACUCCCUAAAGAUCUCUAUUGGGCCUUGAUUUUUAAACAAAUAUUUUUGAAAGACUUUAAAAUUAACUGCAAUUUAAUCAUGAUUCAAGAAAGUAAAGCUUGACACAUACGAGGUGCUCAAUUAAUGAGUGAAUGAGGCAUAAAGCAUCUCCCUGGGAGAACUGAAUGCUAGCCCUUUGGAGAAAUAGUUCAGGAGCUGAGUUAGUGGUACAGCAGGGUGAUUUCAAAACCCACUGGUUUAUCCCCAGUACUGAGCAAUUACUUAUUGAGUAUGUUGAGCAUUAUUAUAGGUAGUCAGGGAAAAUACAAAGGAAGGAGGUUUGUAAUCCAGUGGGGGUUCUAAACAAAUAUUAGGAUACAAAGAAAUAGUAAAUGUUAGGUAAUAAAUUCUGCUGAGUAUAAGACCCCUAUUUGUUCUUGAUGCCAAGUUCCCUGGUACAAAGCAGAUAUUUAAUAUAGAUUUGGUGAAUGAUUGUACUAAAAAUUGAGAGGAAGAAUAGUAAGUAUCAAUUAUAAUUCAGUGAACAUUUUCAUAAAUACCAAGGGGCAUACAGUGUGGUAUAAGACACAACCUUACUCUUAGAGAGAUAGACCCAUGUACAAUUGUAGUAUGAGGCAAAAGCAAGAUACAUGGGUAGAAGGACGAUGGGCUAAGAUAGAUAUAGUUACUUUUUUAAAGUUUCACUGAAAAAUUUUGCUUUUGAUCUAAGUUUUGAAAGAGUAACAGUGACAGAAUUUGGUAAAGAUCAGAAAAGAGGGUAGGGUAUUAAGGAAGGAAAAGAUAUGAGCAAUAUAUUUUUAAACUUAAAAAAUUGAGAUGUAUACCAUUCACCCUUUUAAAGUAUACAAUUCAGUGAUUUUUAGCAUAUUCACAAAUUUGUGUAGCCAUCACCACAAUCAACUUUUGAACAUUUUUAUCACGCAAAAAGAAACGUUAAGCACGUUAUCCUUUAGCAGUCACUCCUCAUUGUCCCUCCUCCAGCCCAGCCCCUGGCAAUGACUAAUCUAUUUUCUGUCUCUAUGGAUUUGCCUAUUUGGGACUUUUCAUGUGAUUGGAAUCAUACAGCAUGUGGCCCUUUGUGUCUGGCUUCUUUCAAUUAGCAUACUGUUUUUAAGGUUCAUCCGUGUUGAAGCAUGAAUCAAUACUUCCUUCUGUUUUAUGACUGAAUAAUCCAUUGUAUGGAUAUACAUUUUGUUUGCAUUCAUCAAUUGAUGGACAUUUGGAUUGUCUUUGCCUUUUGGCUAUUAUGGAUAAUGCUACUAUGAACAUUCAUAUACAAGUUUUUGUGUGGACACAUGUUUUCAAUUUCUUUGGCUGUUAUACUAGCAGUGAAAUUGCUGGAUCAUAUAUCUUUAACUUUUUGAGGAUCUGCCAAACUGUUUUCGAGAGCAGCUGCACCAUUUUACUAUCCUACCAGCAAUCAAUGAGGCUUCCAAUUCCUCCUCAUCCUCACCAACACUAUCAUUGUCUAUCUUUUUUUGUGUGUGUGUGAGAAAGAUCAGCUCUGAGCUAACAUCUGCCAAUCCUCCUCUUUUUGCUGAGGAAGAUUGGCCCUGGGCUAACAUCUGUGCCCAUCUUCCUGUACUUUAUAUGGGACGCCGCCACAGCAUGGCUUGACAAGCGGUGCGUCGGUGCACGCCCGUGAUCCGAACCUGCGAACCCUGGCCUGCUGAAGUGGAGCGCGCGCACUUAACUGCUGUGCCACCGGGCCGACCCCAUGUCUGUCUUUUUGAUUAUAGUCAUCCUAGUGGAUGUGAAGUGGCAUCUCAUUGUGAUUUUGAUCGGCAUUUCUGUAAUGACUAAUGAACAUAUUUUCUUGUGCUUAUUGUCUAUUUGCAUAUUUUCUUUGAAAACAUGUCUCUUCAAAUACUUUGCCCAUUUUUAAAUUGGGUUGUCUUUAUUGUUGAGUUAUAAGGUUGAUUUAUAUAUUCUGAAUAGUAGACCCUUAUCAGAUAUGAUUUUGUUUUGUAUUCUUUUAUGAAUGGUCAGUCAGGUGCAGCCACAAGAGGAGACACGGGAGAGGCUCCGGAAAGCAAUUUAUUUUACUCAAAUGUCCUAGAGACAGGAGGCACUGCACACACAUGGCCACAUGGGAAAGACACCAGAGUGGUCAGGAGGCAGAAGACAGGAGGCCUGGGGGAAUGUUUAGGCCAUGGCCUUUGUUGGGGUUUCUGAGGGAAAGGCAAGGCGGGGCAGUUUAGGACUGGCUAGUAUGAAUAAUUUUGGUGGGAUUUGGGCUAAAUGGGUUGUUUCUAUUUGCCUGGUCCCUGGCCCUGGGAUGAUUAAGGCGGAGGAAUAUUAUCUCCUGGGGUGCAGGGCCAGAUACAGGAGGUAUGGCUCUAGAUUGUUUAGUUUGCAUAUCAAAGGCAUGCUCCUGGCUGGGCCUUUUGCUAUUGCUAAGAAUUGGCUACUAAGGGAGGGGCAGUUUCUCCCAACUAGAAAGGUGGUGUUUUUUGUUUUUUUUUUUUGGUGAGGGAGACUGGCCCUGAGCUAACAUCUGUGCCAGUCCUUCUCUAUUUCGCAUAUGGGACACCGCCACAGCAUUGCUUAAUGAGUGGUGCGUAGGUCCUCGCCCAGGAUCCGAACAUGCGAACCCUGGGCCGCCAAAGCAGAGCGCGAGAACUUAAUCACUAUGCCACCAGGCUGGCCCCUAGAAAGGUUUUUUAAGAUGUAAAAACAACAUAAUAUACAGAAAAUUAUACACACACACACACACACACACACACACACAACAAUACAGAUUUACAAAUAUUUUCUCCCAUUCUCUGGGUUGUCUUUACUUUCUUCUUGGUGUCCUUUGAUAGACAAAACUUUUAAAUUUUGAUGAAGUCCAAUUUCUAUUUUCUUUGGUUGCUUGAGCUUUUGGUGUUAUGUCUAAGAAACCAUUGCCUAAUGCAAGCUCACAACAAUUUAUCCCUGUGUUUUCUUCUAAGACUUUUAUAUUUUUAGCUCUUACAUUUAGGUUUUUUACAUUUUUAGUUAAUUUUUAUAUAUGGUAAGACUUUUAUAUUUUUACCUCUUACAUUUAGGUUUUUGACAUCUUUAGUUAAUUUUUACAUAUGCUAUGAGGUAGGUGUUCAACUUCUUUUGCAUUUGAAUAUCCAGUUGUCCCAGCAUCAUUUGUUGAACAGACUAUUCUUUCCCCAUUGAAUUGUCUUGGCACUGUUAUAAAAAAAAUCAAUUGACCAUAAAUAUAAAGAUUUAUUUCUGAACUCUCAAUUCUAUUCAUAAAGAUUUAUUUCUGAACUCUCAAUUCUAUUCCAUUUAUCUAUAUGUUUAUCCUUAUGCCUUGAUUACUGUACUUGAUUACUUAAUAACUGUAGCUUUGUAGUAAGUUCAAAAGUGGGAACUCUGAGUCCUCCAACUGUGUUCUUUUUCAAGAUUGUGUUGGCUAUUCUGGUCCCUUGUAUUUCCAUAUGACUUAGAAUCAGCUUGUUAAUUUCUGCAAAAAAGCCAUCUGGGAUGUUGAUAGUGAUUGCUCUGAAUCUGGAAAUCAAUUUGAGGAUUAGCAACACAUUUGAUAGUAUUAUUGGCUGUUGUCAGAAAUAAAUCAACUUUGGAAAUAACAACAGAUUAGCUAAUUAGAAACAAAUUUUUUGGAG